UCACUAGUAAUUCCUGAUACCAAUAUGGCGGAAUUUCUUAUUCUUAUCAGCUACUCAGUGAAUUUGUAAAAUAUUUGACGAAAAUAGUAAUUUUAUAAAUAGAAAUUAAAACAAGGACAAACUAUAUUCAGCCCAAAGGACUUAUUUAGCACAGAGUUGUGUCUUCAACUGUUUACAUUGGUUAUAAAAAUAACCGCACACCGAAAUACAUGAUCGAACAUCUGACAAUAAUAAUAAACAUGAGUAUAAUGUUUGCAAAGCAUUCGGGGCAAAAAUUCGCGUAGAAUAACUAAUUACGUCACGGCGGCCUCAUGUGUUGGGAAUACCGUUUGUGCAAUGCGAAGAUACAUGUCGUUGCGAAGGUUCACAAUGAUUCACGAGGUUAAUUGAGGUUUUACUUCGAUAAUACGUAAUUGGCUGGUACAUAAGUGUUAUUACGCGAUAAGUGCAGUUUCGCCUUCGUCGGCCGUUGACUCGUCUCGCAGGAAUCCGGUAGAAACGCGGGUGACUAAUCGAUGAGAUGAUCGAGAGUGUAUCAAGACGCGCGUUUAGUAGUUCUAGUGGGACGUACAACGUGCGUGCUUCGGAGCUGGCGCGCGAACGCAAGCUUAACAUCUUCAAUGUCACUGUGCAAUUUUUGGAUGACACCCAGCACUCCUUUCAAAUCGAGAAAAAGGCUAAAGGAAGUGUGCUACUAGAACAAGUAUAUCAACAUUUGGAAUUAGUUGAGAAAGAUUACUUUGGCCUACAGUUCACUGAAAACGGUACACCGCCCAGCGCUACAAAUACAGAAAUAACGCGUUGGCUGGACAGUACAAAAUCAGUGAAGAAGCAAGUUGGUGCCAACGCCCAGUUUUGGCUAGCAGUUCGCUUCUACCCGCCGGAACCGUCGCGAUUGGCUGAAGAGUAUACGAGAUACCUAUUGUGCCUUCAACUGAGGAAGUUGCUGCUUGAUGGCAGAAUGAAUGCCCCGAAGAACACCGCGUUAUUGCUGGCUUCGUUUACUGUACAAGCGGAACUAGGCGACUACAACGUAUCGGAACAUCCACCGAACUACCUGUCGGACCUCUGUCUACUGCCGAAACAGAACGCGGAAGACGAGAGGCGAAUCCGAGAGCUACACAAGUUGCACAAAGGACAGGCGCCGGCGGACGCUGAGGCGAACUUCUUGGAGCAUGCGAAGAGAUUAGACUGUUAUGGGGUUGAGUCGCAUCCUGCUAAGGAUUACAACGGCAAAGACAUAUUUAUUGGCGUGACGUCAAUAGGUAUAGUCGUGUUCCAGAACACCAUCAGGGUAAACACAUUCUCUUGGAGUAAAAUCGUUAAGAUUUCAUUCAAGAAGAAACAGUUCUUCAUUCAGCUGAAGAGGGAACCUUCGGAAACCUAUGACACAGUCCUUGGUUUCAACAUGCGCUCUGGUCGAGCGGCGAAAGCUCUCUGGCGCUGUAGCGUUGAAAGACACGGCUUCUUCAGACUUCGAGCUCCUAGGAGACGGGCACUUUUAGCUGCCCUAGGAGCCCUGGCCGGCUUAGCGGCCCCCACUGUGCCUAGAACUGAAACCAUGGCCUUAGAAGACGCGAGAAGAUCUAGAUCGACGAAUAGAAGUUUUGUUAGGCGCAGUAGUUCCCGAACUAGGGAACGUUCGGUGUCGGUAGCUUCGCCGGGCGGCAUGCGCGGCGCCCGCGUGACGUCACACUGCGAGCCCGCGCCGCGCCCCGCCUGGACCGACGUGCAGCGCCCCGUGUCCGAGAUACAUGACGGUGACUUCCUAGAACGCGUCCUCCGCAUCCCGCUCUCCUACGUAGACGAGUCAGAAUCAGGGUCUGACGGUGCUGACACCAACGAGUCUAACGGCGGCGUCAGAAUACGCCUCGAGCCGGGCGCUGAUGGUCUGUUCGGGUUUAAUGUUCGCGGAGGUGGGGGAGCGCCUGUGUUAGUGUCGAGAGUCGCUAGUAGAACGAGGUUGAAGUUACAGGAAGGGGAUCAGGUGAUAUCAAUAAACGGGCAGGACGUAGAUGAACUGACGCAUGAACAAGUAGUACAACUGAUCAGGAACACGAGAGGACCUCUUACCUUGGUCGUCAAGCCUAACGCCGUCUACGCUCCCGAAGACCCAGGCGCCGAGGAACCAGAAGCCUGCUUCGUGCCAUUCUACGAAGGACAAUCAGCGGAAGGCGACGCUCUAGAACAAUCCAUACUGUUGCUAGGCGACGGCCUCGCCAGCGGCAACGCGCUCAAACAGUACGAGACUCUGCUCAGGAGGUUACCUGACGAACCCACCAAUGUGUCCAAGCUGCCCAGCAAUUUGAAUAAGAACCGAUAUCGGGAUAUUGCGCCUUAUGAUUCAACGCGAGUGAUACUGAAGAAUGGACCAACAGGCGACUAUAUCAACGCGUCCUAUAUCAACAUGGAAAUACCCAACUCUGAUAUGGUUCUCACUUACAUUGCUACCCAAGGACCUCUAUCAACAACAGUAGGCGACUUCUGGCAGAUGGUGUGGGAAUCAGAAAGCAGCCUCGUCGUCAUGUUAACAGUUCUGACCGAGCGAGGCCGCGCUAAGUGCCAUCAGUACUGGCCUAAAGUUGGCAAUACGCCACUGAAAGCUACUAAUAGUCUGACUAUAUUGACCACUAGUGAGCAGAACCAUGGACAUUAUGUUAGGAGGGAAAUGACUAUGAAGGAGAACACGGGUGCUUCCCGCAAUGUGACGCAGCUGCAGUACACGGCGUGGCCCGACCAUGGCGUCCCCGACGAUGCCGCCGAAUUCAUCAGCUUCACGCAGCUCUGCGCCGACCUGCGGAAACGGAGACCAUUAAUACCAACAGUAGUAGACCCUGAACAAAUCGAAGAGGAACGCGAACUAGACCCGCCGAUGAUAGUGCACUGUUCGGCCGGCGUGGGGCGGACCGGCGCCCUCAUACUGUGCGAAGUGGCGCUGGCGCUGGCGGCGCGGAGACAGCCGCUGUACCCGCUGGACCUCGUGCGGGCCAUGCGGGCGCAGCGACCCAUGUGUAUACAGAACGCCAGCCAGUACAAGUUCGUAUGCGAGAGCAUACAGACAGCGUACAACCAGGGGCUAACGAAGACUUCUUCGGAGACAGGCUCCAAUUGAUAGCGGAAAGUCAAUUGUACAGUCCCUACUUCUAGAGACUAGACUGAUCGAAUUAGGUAUGUGUAUUUAGUUUAUACACCGAACCAAAAACAGCAUAUAAUUGUUCACUUAAUAAAUAAAAUAUUGUGUACUGUCACUGGCUGACGUACUGAGUGAGAAUAUAUCGCGACAUCUUCACGCCAUGGUAAGCUAUUUAUUAGCUUGUGUUAUGGGUGCUGACACAACUGAUGAACUACAUUUACUUUAGAUAUAUAAACUUCUAAACACACAAGAUAAUCGAUAUUAAGUUUGAAAUUGUGCAAAAUGAGAACAUGAUUUUGCUUGCACUUGAUGUCAAUGUAAUACAAAGAAUUUAGUCUAACAAGGUAAUCCAAUUGUGAGAAAUAAACUUUGAUAUCUGAGUCUCGCGACUUCGAUUCGAUUCUCGGUUACAACACUACUUAAUAAUGCCGAUAUCAAUAAAGUAAAUUGAACUCAAAAAUAUAAUUGUUUUAUGGUUCGGUGUAUAGUAAAUACUGAAUGAAAUAACAGUGUGUUCAUGGUUUCAAGUAGUGUAACAACUUUUUACAUGAUAUAGAAUGCUGUAAAGUCAGUAAGAUUAAGUUUAGUUAGUUGAAAGAUACAAGGAAAAACGAACUUUAAAGUCUAGCAUAUAAAGUAUGAAAUUGAUAAAAAUUGCAACUGUUGAAAUCUUUCUCUGUAGAAAGAACCAUAUGCAUAUACGAUACGAACAAUUUUUUACUUGUAUCUUUUAACAGAUCAGUGAUAAGAUAAUUUUCUAUGAAUUUUAUUCUUGUAUUUAUUUCUAGUGUAAAACGACCAGUGGUUUGAAUAAUUGUUAAUUUAUAAAUUUUAUAAAACGUUUUCUUUCACGAUGUUAUUUGAUUAUCGAUUAGUACUCGAAUAAUAAUAAUCGAUCCCACAUAUCACUGUUAACUUAAGAUAAUUUUUAUUUUACUGUUUAUUAUUUAUUUUUAGUUUUAGUAUUUUCUAACGCCUUGCUGUGAUUUUUCACUACACAUUAAUGUAUGGAUCUAAGUAAUCUGUAGUCUUGCCUUUUCAACGAAUUUAGUAAUUUAUUUCAUACGAUUAGUACAUUUCAUACAUGUGUUAUUGGUUGGUGACAGGUGGCAUAAAAGGUACAAACUCUUAUUUCGAUGGCCUUACUUGCAAGCAUUUCAUUCAGUAAUGUAUUCGGGGAACAAUAAAAGUCUACGUCGAUAAAAAAUGUACCAAUUUACUCUACCCUGUCACCAACAAGUUUAUCGCUUCUUUUCCUGUGCCAUUUGUAAUAUAAUCAUAAGGAAAAUUUGUAAAUUUUUACUUUAAUAAUAAUAUAUUUCUCAAAUAAUGUAAAUUGCGUUAUUUUGUGUUCUAAACCCAGUAUACAGUAAACUGACUUAGUGUUCUAUCGAUAAGUAAUAGGGACCCAAAAUAACGAUAAUAUAUUACGUACGAUUAUUAUAAGUAAUAUCAAAGUGUAACGAAGUCGGUAAUACGUAAUUUUAUUAAAAUAUAUAAUGGUAUUUUUGCACCUCUAAAGUAUAGCAACGUGUUUGAAUGUUUCUUAGAAUCUUAAAUGGAUGAUAUUAAUUAGUAGUCCGUCGAAAUUUUUGAUCAAAAUUACGUAUAAAAUUUUCAAUUUUAUACGAAUAUCCCAAGUUUUUCUCGGAAUUCUUUCUUCUACUCAAUAUUGAAAUUACAAAUCGUUGGCCUAUUUUUCUGCCACUGUUGGGCAUCACAAGGCAAGUACCUUUUAACCAAUUCAUUUCACGUUUUCAUUUCAAAUUCUUGUUAAUACCAUGCUCAUUCACACUUACCCGACAUAUCAAUUUACCUAUAGAUAUUAUAUACUAAUUUAUUAAAGGUAUAGCGACAACGAUUUUAGUCGAUAUAAUGACUUUUAGGGCAGACAUUCAGACAUACACACAUAUUUAUAUUCGAAUUUAUCCUAAAUCAAGUUCCUUGACUUAACAUUAUUCAAGGUUUUUAUCACCUUAAAACUAGUAUAUCAGGACCACUCCAACAUCGUCCUAUUGUCUUAAAAUCUUUAUCAAGCUUUAACAAGUAGCAAUCGAUUUCAGGAAUAUUUCUUUAUGCAAUAUGGAACCUCAAACUCUUCUGAAUGUGCGUUUGCUGUGCCUCUAAUAUUAAGUGAUGAUUGCCAUAAAUAAAAACAAUUUACGAGUGUGUUUAUAUUUAUCUGUAGAUUUUAUAGCAUUUAAGUGUUUUGUCAUAAUAUUUUAUUACUUCGCAUAAACCCCAUAACAACCAUACAAUAAUUAAAAGAAACAGAUCUUAUUACGAACAUUUUCUAUAACAAUAUCAAGAGUAAGUAUUCUUUAUUUUAGAAUAUUCAAGCAGAGAAUUAUACAUAGUUAGACAGUCUUGCAUUUUUUGGAAGUUCUUAACUCAAUAAAGCAUUUUAUUCACAAGCACUAAUUUAAUAUCAAUAUUUUGAAUUCUAAUUGUCUUUAAUGUAUUUGAUUAAGAAUGAAAAUAUUUCAUUCUUCACACAACGAUAUCACUCAGUUUUUCUAGUGCACACUUACUGAGUUAUUAAGUUAAUCAGUAAGCCUAACAUUAUGCAUUAUAGUUUAUAUUUAAUUUAUUGCCGUGUCCAUAGGUUUAACUAACAAUAAAAAUAUAUUUCGUUAAACUUUACUCACUCAUUAAUUUAUAAUAAGCACUCGUAAUUUAACUUCCUAACUUAUAUUUUUCGAUAUGUUUUUCUUCUCAAAGUUGGCAAGUAUUUCACAUACAUAUUUAUCGAAUUAUUUUUCUUUUAUUUGUGAAAUAAUACACCCUUUAGAUGGCUAUGAUAUUAAGUAAAUUAGGUAAUACAGAAUAUCGAAAAUCUUUGCAAUAAAUUUCGUUUUUCAUAAGGAUUUAAUUGUAGUAUUGUGUGAAUGACUGAAGUAGUUCUAAGUGUUGUCAUGUUCAAUUAUUUUGUAGGGAGAGUGUCAAAACUUUGUACACAGCUGGCUUCACAUGAUGGUGCCAACAUUUGUACCAAUGUGUGGACUAAUCGCCAAGUCAUGCAAAACAACGACUGACUCUUCAAUGUUUCGAUACAAAUAUUGGUUCAAGUGUUGGGUAACUUGUGAAUCCGGUCUAAUGUUUUCUAUCUUGUGAUGUAUAUGAAGUGCUGUGCGUUUUAUUUUAUGUCAAAUAAAAGUUUAUUGAUUUAA